AUGCCUCCUCGAAAGAGAACUAAAGGUGCGACCGAAGAAAAGGCCGAAGAGCCCACCAGAAGAUCAACCAGGUCAUCCAAGAGAUCUGCUCCCAUACAUAUUGACUCCUCAUCGGAUGAGCUCUCUUCCAAAGACUUGACUAUUCGUGGGCAUGACGCGACACUUUCAGACACCAAGGGCCCAUCUGAAGAGGAAGUCGGUGAUGUGAUCACCGUUCGCGUUACCCGCUCCAAGUCUCAUGCAAGCAGCCGCCCUUCAACUGCAAAGAGUGAUUCCACCUCCCAAUCACAUAAGCUUAGAAUUGUUUCGGCCCCAUCUGAGGGAGGGGACGUGGACAUAUUGGAUAUCGACAAUGAUGGGAAGGGAGAUGAAUUUACUCGCGAGGGACCGGCUAUGAAGAAGAGCAAGCCUAGUACCAAUGGAAAACCUUCAAACAGUAAAAGGUUUAGAUACAAGUAUGAUAACCCCGACGAGAUGCUUACAAACCCCCUAUCACCGCUAGCAACUGCCCAACUUCGAGAACUACUUUGCAGCAAAGUGGCUUGGGACCUAUUAAGCACAGAGGAGAAGCAGCAAGUACUUGCAAAGUUCCCAGACGAGAAGGAGAUUCUCGAUGCCGGCACAGAGAACGCAAGACCAAAUAUCUCAGCGCUUAGAAACAACAACAACUUCCGACAUGAUAUAGUGCGGUACCAGGGUGACCUGAAAAAGGGAUGGCACGACCCGGAGUGGAUCCGACAGGCGCAAGCCGCACAUAGCAAGCGCGAGAUCGGCUUCUACAACGAGUAUAUUUCUGAUCGCUUUCAGGAAGAUUGGAACAUGGAAAUGCCGGGAGAGGAGGACAAGGAGGAUGGACAUCAUAUUGAGGAACGUCCAGAUGUGAAAGUAUCCGAGAAAGAUGGCAAUGCUCAAGAAGAAGUCAAAGAACGAGAUGACGAAACACAGAAGAGCGUAGAAGACCCGGAUCUGGACCCAAUGAAGGGUGUGACAGAUACCCCUCAAGCGAAUGGGGAGGAGCACUUGGACAAGAAAGCAUCGGAGCAGGUCAAAGUUUUGAAGGAUGAGAUAGAUUAUGUGAAAAAGGGUGGAGAGUCGCAGGAGCAUCCUUCAGACAUAACCAUGAAGACGAUGUAG